UCCACUACCCUCUCACUCUCGCGCCCUAACAAGCUUCUCGUCUCGCUCCCAAUAUUUUCUUGUUCAAAGACUCGGGAGUGCUCCGGCGACAUCUCAGGCUUCAGUCUACGGCAUCACGAGUGAGUUUUUCACUUAUACAACAGAAGUAGGGUUCUUUUGGUGAAGAAGUAAUGAUGGAGAGGAUUUCUGCUGCUUGCGCCAUGGAGUGGGGCAUUGAGCUCGAGAAGGCCCUUCGCUCCAGAAAGCCUGGCCUAUCAGUUCUAGCUAUAUUAAAGAUGGGGCCAAGACUUGUGCAGUGGAGUGGAGAACCAGAGCCGACAAUGGCGGUGUAUGAUAUGUUUGGCUUAGUUCCCGGGGAAGAUAGGCUAUUUUGUAACAGCAUCCUCUUACGUCUCGUGGAUGCUUUUAAGUCUGGCGAUAAACCUAUUAGACUCUCUGUUGUCAAGGUUUUCCUAUCAGAAUAUAGGCACCGCAGGAAAAAGAAGAAAAGCAAACAAUGCAAGGGAAUUUUGUCAAAGGGAAGGUUACAUAACCAUGUGGAGAUGCUCAAAAGAGCAAAGUUUGUCUUCGACACUGGUGAUGUUGAAUCAAGAGCUCUAGCUUUAAUUCUUUUUGGUUGCUGGGUUGAGUUUGCAAAAGACAAUGCUCAUAUACGAUACUUGAUACUUUCCAGCCUUGUCUCAUCUGAUUUGUUGGAGGUUAAAGCAUCUUUAUUUGCUGCUGGAUGUUUCUGUGAGUUAGCAGAUGAUUUUGCAGCUGUUGUCUUAGAAAUACUGCUUAAUGGAUUGGCUUCAUCCAGCUCCUUGGCUGUAAGGUUAGCCGUGGCUCGAAUUUUCGCAAAGUUGGGAUGCUCAUAUUCAAAUGCCAAUAAAGCUUAUAAGGCAGGUCUGAAGCUGCUGUCAGGCUCCUCAGAUGAGGAUUUUUUGACUGCAAUGCUUGUUUCACUGUCAAAACUUGCUUCCAAAUCAACACUUCUUCUACCCGAACAGGUGGAUUUGCUUUUAGUGUUUCUUAGCCAAGAAAGAACUUUGCGAAUGCGAGCAGCGGCACUAAAAUGUCUACGUUUCCUCACCACUAAAGGAGUUUACCACCCUGUUAGUGCAUCUGUGAAGAACACACUGGUUGGCAUAGCAGAUGAUCAUGGACUUCCAGUAACCAUGCAAUGUGAAGUGCUACAGAUUUGGCAUAAGAUGAUUUUAUAUACAUCCCCUGAUGUGCCUUGUGAUGACAUGCUUGAAUUUUCUCAUUUGUUUGCCAUUGUUGAGAAUUCAACUGAGCCUCCAAUCUUGUCGAAGAGCCUUUUGGCUAUACGUAUUCUGAAAGAUGUAUUAACCAAGCUGAGGAGAAGAAUAGGGACAGGAUCUAGCAAGGUUGGUUCUCCUUCUUUGUCAUGGCAGGUUAUAUCCUUAAUUAUUGAUCAAAUGAUCUUUCUGUUGAAGUCAUUGUUGGAGCAGUCUCAGUCUGAGUUUAGAGAAUUGCGAGAAGUUCAAAGCCUACUCAUACCUCUUUCUUCUCUUGUUGGAGAACAUCCAUAUCUUGGUGUUUUGGUGUUGGAUAAAAUUUAUACAUUUAUUCAAUCUUUGAUGGAUGUGCUUGGCAGUGUCAUGGCUGCAAGUCCAGAAGGUUCUUUGGUUCAAGACACUCAGGUUCCUGAGAGGAGGAAGAGCAGAGUCAUAGUCUUGAAGCUGGUAUGUUUUGUGUAUGUAAUGCUAGUAAACUUCCUUGAAAAUCUUUAUGAAGCGGGUGGUAUCAAUACCCAAGUGCUUGAAAAAUUGAAGAUAUUGAUCGAGUGUAUACAUAGGUGUAAGUUAUUUAACUUCUAUACACACACUUUGUAUUCUCUGCUGUUGCAUUAUCAAAGCCCUUGGGGUUGUAUGUUGCCUGUGCGUAAGGAAACUUGUGUUAUCAAUAAAACAGUCAUAAAGCUUCAAAAUUACUUUGCGGAGCCUGAAGUUUUCAGCCUUGAGUGUGCAAAAAAGAUGUUUGAAGAGCAUGACAACUGGUCUGCUUACAAAGCUGGGAAAUAUGCAGCAUGCCAAGGAGCAUGGGCCACAGCGACUUUUAUAUUUAUGCAGCUGGUGAAAAAGGUCCAAUCUGGCUUCUUUUGUUGUUGGUUGAAGUCAUUGGCCCAAUUUGCUUAUUCUGAGUGGAAAAUUAAACUGUUUGUACUGCCAAACCAGGGAUCCAGUUCAGUAGACCGGUUAGAGAUGAAAGAAUUCUUGGAGAGACUUUUUUUGGAUGGUUUUGGUGAUAUUAAUUUAGGUGCCACUGGGAAUUUAGAUCAGGUUGGUUGUACUGAAGUAUUUGUGGAGGCUUACAAUGUUCUUUGCUCUUCAAGAGAAAUUUUAGAAUCUUCAUGUACAGUGCAGUGUCCAUUGUCAUUCCAGCUAUGGUUUAUGUCCAAAAGAGCAAAGGUUUUAGAAACUGUUGCGGACACGCUUAAAAUCUUGGGUUCUAUUCCAAGUGAUAAGGAUAACUUAAGGAAUGCUGGAAAUGUUAAAGACCAAUUUUCAGUUGAGCUUCUCAACAUUUCGCGGAAACUCACCCAAAUUUCUUUAAGGUUGAAGAGGCUAGCCCAGGAAUUUGAUCUAAUGGUCUCAUCCUUCAUUGGGAUGGACAGCAGAAGCUCAAGUAUCUUAUCUACUCUUGCAUUAGGUUGUUCUCUAUUGGCUUUUAGCUCUGGAUUUGCUUGUUUCUUUCCCAAUCUGCUGGGCAGUGAAACUUUCGGUAGCUUUGUUGUGGAAAUCUCAGGGAGUUGUCUACAUGCAAUGUUAACGCAAGAUUUAGCUGGCCGGUUAUGGCAUAAAGACAGUGAGAUAUGUAGAGACCUUUGUAUCCUUUCUGAGGCCUGCGCACAGCCCAAGAACUGUUUUCACUGGCAAUCCAGAAGUCGAAUUUUUAAUGUAGGUGGUGGUAUGAGAGAUACUCUCACGAUUUGUCGAGAUGCUGUUUCUCACUUUCUUUGCUUGCAGAAUCAGGCCAACAAAAUGCAGGAGGAACUUCCAUUCCAAGUCAUUGAGGAUGGGUUACAACUUCUGUCUAACAUUGUUAUGAAAUGGACCUGCAUCCUGUUCAAGAUUCCAAAGUACUAUUUUGAAUUUAGGCCUUGCAUUGGAUCAGAGCUCUUUGCCUUUAACACUCGCAGCAGCAUCCCAAAUGAGAUAUCAGUCGUUCCUGGCUUCCAUCUAUCGCUUAAUCUUUGUCUUCAAUUGAGAAAUGUACCUCCGGAUCAGCCAGUUUCGCUGACCAAGUUGCACUGCAUCCUCUGUUGUAGAGUGUCCUUUCAGGAGCCUAGACAGAAUGGAGAAAAGAGGGAGCCGGAGCAACAGUAUUCCCGACCUUGGAAAGAUGAGAAUGCAAUGGUAGAACUGAAUGAGAAACUCUUUUGCUAUGUGUCCAAGUGUUCAAAAAGGUCUGAUAGGGAGAACCCAGCGUGGGACAAUGAUGUUGAAAGUGGGAUUGUAAAUUCAUUUGUAAGUUUUGAACUAAAUGAGAGGGGUCAAGGAUUCUCAAGUUGCCUACUUGAUGUUUCUCAUUUUCCGUUGGGUUCUUAUAGAAUCAAAUGGCAUAGCUGUUGUAUUGAUAAGCAAGGUCGCUACUGGAGCCUCUUACCUUUGAAUGAGGGACCUGUCUUUGAAGUGCGAAACCCCGUUGUUGCGUGAAAAGUUGUGCAUUUCUUUGAGCAGGUAAAUGCCCUGUUGAGUUUAUUAUAUCUUCUGAAUUGGCGUUGUAGACCUUUUCUUCUUUCUGUUGUCGUUUAAAACAUGAAUCGAAGCAUUAGAAUAGUUGAUUGAGUGUA